GCUCAAAGUGUUCCCACUUUUCUCUUCGUUAAAUGAUUCUGUACGCCUUUGUUAACUUACUAGCAGCUGAAAAUGUCCAAAAAUGGUAACGAACAAGAAAUCCAGGAAAUCCAAGAAAUUCAACCCUUUGGUGGCAGGAAAAAGAAGCAGUCGAACUCUGAAAAAUUCAAGGCCGUUCCUGAAGUCAAGCGUCCCGCCCGACGUACAAAACCGCCAGCAAAAUAUGAAUCCGCCAAAGAAAUGCCAAAAGAGGCCAAAAAAGCUACCACUCCCACACCUGAAAAACCCGUUCUACCCAAGAUGGUUCCUAUGAAAGAGUUGAGAAAGGUUGCAGAAGCAAACGUUUCUUCAGGGAAAUCCACGGAAAGUGACGCAGAGGAAAAUCGGAACCCCAGCAGAAACGAAAAAGACCAGGAUUUCCAGAAAGAAGGGUCUCCGGUGGAACCACUCGACAACUUCGAAAAAGCCGUCCAACUGCUGACGGAGAGAAAACAAACACUCGUCAUCCGAUUUCAAGGAGACAACAUCGUUGCGUUAAAAUCGGCUUUGGAAUUCGACGUUGACCCGAUUUAUCCAGAUGUGUUAACACGCUUUUCCAUUGCCGCGGACGGAUUUAGUCACUACGAUCGUAUUUUGACGUCCUAUAACGGACGACCAUAUCCCGCGGAAAUCCUUGCAGUUUGUAAUUCUGUGUCUCAAGCUAGUUCGGUAAAAGACAAACUGGAAAGAAGUUGGGAAAAGUCUGCUCCGACUACGUCAACGGAGGCUAACAAGAAGGAAACGCAGGCUCUUCAACGGAAUACGGCAGUCGCCAAUGGUGGCAUUCGAGCAGUUCCUCCAGAGCCCGCCUCUUCCAUGCGGAAAAUUCCAGAGCGCGUAGCUGCUGGCGCCUUUGGUCAAUCGGUUGCUACAGCGAGCUUAAAGAGCGGAGAAAAAAAACAAGGAUUUCCUGGAUUAAGUCUGAAUGAAAAACAGAGCGCUGGAAGCAAGAAUGUGGAUGACAGUUCUGCACCACCAAAUAAGGAGGAACACGACCAAGAUGCCAAGCGCCGUCAUAAAAAGAAAAGAAAGCGGGACAGCAGUUCGUCCUCAUCCAGCGAUUCGGAAGAAAGUUCAAAGCGAAGUCGCGCAAAACGUAAGCGCCAUGCCGAAGAACGUGAACGCAAACAACGCAAAAAGCAUAAGAAAAGGCGCAGUCGAUCUCCGCAGCCUCUGUCAUCAUCUGGCAGCUCCAGCGAUUUACUGCCGAAAAAGCCACCGACAGGAAAAGGGUAUCCUUAUUUGGUACAGUGUGAAAAGAAAAGAGAACUGGCUCCAUAUACCGGGGUGUACAUUGAAUAUCCGCAUCUCCAGUCACUAGUGAGCCGUUGGAAGUCCAAAGCUAAUUUAGCUUGCAACCUGGCGGCAUUUUUGUUGGGUGGUGAAGAAGGUGUACAGCGAUUUUUGGCUGAAAAAAAGCCUUCACCGCGCGCCGGGAUUUCAAAGAUGCAUCCGAAGUUGGUUGCCGCUAUUGGGCACUUUCUUGGUCAGUUGCCCGAAGCAAAAUGCCCGGGGAAACCUCCUCAGAGUCUGGGUCAAACUAUCGGCAGCUAUUUCUCGAAGUUCCGCGUGAUGAUGCGUAAGCAACCCGCGGAAGAAGCAGAAGAGGGCGGCGGGCGCAGAAGACUUACUGAAAGAAUAAUGGCAGGAAAUCCUUGUAUUUUGCGUCGAGCAUUUACUCGAUGGAUUUAAGUAAAGUAGGGAUUUUUUUGGAAAUUAAAGCCAGUUAUGGAUUAAUUAUAACUUUUUGAUGAGGUUUCCCCGGAGAUUUUUACGGCGUAUAGUCGAUUUUUGUUACACAAUUAAUUUAUCUCGGAUUUCCGUGAUUAUAUUUUCCCGUAAACGUGUGUUAGCUACGUUAAAAUUUUCUAUUAUUUUUUUGAAUUUUAGAAUCUGUCUAUCUUCCGGGUAGAGUGUUGGUAUCGAUUAUAUUCCAUCUGUUAUGAACGCAGAAUCA